AUGCCUAAUGCUGCUGCACUUUCACUGCCUUAUGUGGAAGCUUUCGGAAAGGUGGAGCUGGCGCGCCAGCACGGCUACGCUGCCGAGGAGCACCGCGCGGUGACGGCGGACGGCCACGUGCUGGCGCUGCACCGCAUCCUGCCGCGCCAGUCCGCUGGCGCCACUGCCGCCCCCGUCGUCCUGCUGCAGCACGGGGUGCUCGCCAGUUCGCUGGACUGGGUCAUCACCGGACCGGACACCGGCCUGGGGUACCGGCUGUCCGACGCCGGCUACGACGUCUGGAUGGGGAACCUGCGCGGCAACGUCUUCUCCAAGGAGCACCUCACGCUGUCCACCAGCGAUCAGGCGUACUGGAACUACAGCUGGCACGAGGAGGGCCUGCUGGACAUCCCCGCUCUGGUGGAGGCGGCGCUGAACGCUACUGGCGCGCCGCGGCUGGCGCUCGUCGGGCACUCGAUGGGCGCCACGGCGGCGCUGGCGGCGCUGGCGCUGCGGCCGCGGCUGGCGCGCCACCUGCACCCGCUCGUGCUGCUGGCGCCAGUCGCUCGCCUCAAGCGCUCCACCAGCAUCUUCACCGGCACGGCCGGGCUCUGGCCGCUCCUCAUGAGUGUUUCGGAGAUGACGGACGGCCCGCUUGCUUUCCAGACGGCGUCACGUAUGGGCGGCGUGUGGGCGUUUCCGCCGGACGCGGGGGCGGUGCGGUCGCGGAUGUCUGCGCUGUGCCGGUCGCCGAUCGUGGGGCGAGCACUGUGCGCCCGCUUCCUCGACACCGUCGCCGGAUACACCGCCAACCUCAACAUGACUCUCUUGCCUGAGCUGUUUGCCCAUUAUCCAACGCAGACGUCCAUCAAGACCAUGUGCCACUUUAUGCAGCUCAUGGCGUCAGGCCGCUUCAGCAUGUUCGACCACGGCGCCGAAGAGAACCAGAGGGUGUACGGCAGCGCGCAGCCCCCGGAGUACCCCUUGCACAGGGUGGCGGCGCACACCGCCGUCUUCUACGGGGACAGCGACCCCUUCACCACCGCCGAGGAUAUGCGAUGGUUGGCGAGUCGGCUUCCGAAGCUGAUGGGCAGCUACCAGAUACCAACCAAGUCGUUCAGUCACCUCAGCUUCCUCUGGUCCACAGACGUCGUCGAUGCCCUCUACGACCCGCUGAUCAACUUCCUUAAUUACGUCCUCGACCAUAACUGCUGCUGAAGACACCGCACUAACGCCCUGGUAUAGGGCACUCCAUUUCCCCUCAAGGGGAGCCAUUGUUGCUGAAUGAAAUCUUAUCUACGAACCUACCGACCGCGCGCAAUGUAUUGGUUUACUUUGUACGUCUAAAGAUGAAUGUUUAAAGAAACAUCUUCCAAUGAAUGUCAGCAAGCCUGUUACGUGGAAGCGUGUUUAUUUUCAAAAAUGAAAAAUGAGUAGCACCGUCCUUUAUUUCGUUUUCUUUUC